AUGGCAGAUGUCGACUUCGCCAGCCUUCAUGGCAUCACCGAGGGCUUCGGGCUACUUCCAGCACUAGUUUCUCCGUGGACGGAAAAUGGGUCGCUCGAUACCUACCUGUCACCUGAAACAGGGACAUAUUAUUUCCAAAGCCGACAAACUGAGAAUGCCGGCCUCGAUUACUUGCAUGGCAGAGGGAUGGUUCAUGGCGAUUUGACAUCUACCAAUGUUCUGAUUAACGACGACGGGAACCUCUGUCUUGCAUACUUCGGUCUCUCGAUGAUCCUUAUAGAAGCACAAAACUCUCCCUUCGAUGACUGCCACCCAGGUCAUGUGCGAUGGAUGGCACCCGAGAUGCUCGCUAUACCUGAACAAGGAGGAGUGGUGAUGCCCACCAAAGCCGCAGAUGUUUACUCAUAUGGUUGCAUCAUGCUUCAGCUGUUGUGCGAACAUGUGCCUUAUCGUUGGCUAAUGCAACCGUUUCAUGUUAUUGUAGCAAGAGUCUCAGGAAUAGAGCCCUUCCGUCAAAUCACUGGUGUUAAAGAGGCACACAGGGAGUAUUGA